UGGUCCAGCUGCUCCUGAGCAGCAACAUGGUGGUGGCGCUGCUGGAGGACGAGCGGAAGGAGCCGACGGACUCGUCCUACACCACGCCGCUGCACCUGGCAGCGCGAAACGGACACAAAGACGUGAUACGGCUGCUGCUGAAGGCCGGCAUCGACAUCAAUAAGACCAGCAAGUCUGGAACAGCCCUGCAUGAAGCGUCGCUGUAUGGAAAAACCGAGGUGGUGCGGCUGCUGCUGGACGCUGGAGUAGACGUGAACAUCAGGAACACCUACAACCAGACGGCGCUGGACAUCGUCAACCAGUUCACCACUUCCCACGCCAGCAAGGACAUCAAGCAGCUGCUGCGAGAUGCCACCGGAAUCCUGCAGGUCAGAGCUCUGAAGGACCACUGGAACCUCCAUGACCCCACAGCCCUGUACAUCCGGGCCGGAGAUGUGAUCACGGUGAGCCAUAUUGACCUCUGACCUCUCACUCUAACCACCAGCUUGAUAACCUGCCCUUCCUCCUCCUCCUCCUCCUCCUCUCGCCCUCUAGGGGGCACCCUCUCCCGGCACGCCUCUCUGCCCACCCAGCGCCAGCAGCUCCUACCUAAAGCCCCCCUCUCCUCCAGCCUAAGCUCCGCCCCCCACACCGACGACUCCUACAGUCUGUAUGCCCCGCCCAGCCACGUGGUGCUACCGCUGUCCAACGGCCUGGCUACCUGCACAGGUUUGUCUUCCAGCCUCCUGUCUCAGCCUGGGUGUCCCUUUGAGGACAUCUGGGUCCUCAGGGACUCGUACCACGCGGGAGACAGGAACAGCGUGGGCAGCACCGGCAGCGUGGGCAGCACCCGCAGCGCCGGCAGCGGACAGAGCACCGAGAGCAGCGGCGCCCCCAACGGACACCAGCAGAACACCGGUCACCAUGACAACAAGCUGGCGCCCCCUGCUGCUGAAGCAGGGCAGUCUGCAGACCAGAUCCAACAGGCCGACAGUCCUGCAGGUGGCGCCGCUCGGAGACAGACGGUGAUGGUGCAGCGUCCUGCAGAGCCCAGCUUCACGCAGCAGUUUGUUCGUCCGCAGCAGCUCCUGGAGGGGAAGGAUGCGGACGCCAUCUAUCAGUGGCUCAGUGAGUUCCAGCUGCAGCAGUACACCGAGAACUUCCUGAACGCCGGAUACGACGUUCCGACCGUUAGUAGGAUGACUCCCGAGGAUCUGACCGCCAUCGGAGUCACCAAACCAGGACACCGCAAGAAGAUCUCCAUGGAGAUCGGCAACCUGAACAUCCCGGAGUGGCUGCCGGAGUACAUCCCGUCGGACCUCGGAGAGUGGCUCAGCGCCAUCGGCCUCCCGCAGUACCACAAAAAACUCUCUGAAAAUGGCUAUGACUCCAUCAGCAUCGUCAAAGACCUGACAUGGGAGGACCUGCAGGAGAUCGGGAUCACCAAGCUGGGCCACCAGAAGAAGCUGAUGUUGGCUGUGAAGAAGCUGUGCGACAUCCACAGGGCCAUCCUCAAUGCCGAGUCCGGCCCCGGAACGCUUCGGCGUAGAGCGCCCGGGGGCCUCCACCUGGUGACCAUCGACUCUCCUGAUGCCAGCAGUGAAUGUUCUUCUCCUCACACCCCCAUGAUGGUGACCUUUCAGGACAGCGAGCUCAGCGCAGAGCUUCAGACCGCUAUGUCGAGUCACUACGGCGGCUGCGAGGAAGGUUUGGCCAUCAAGAGCGCUGUGGGGAUGUCCCGCAGCCAGGAGAGCAUCGACGCUCGGUCCAGAGGUUCUGGCCGCUCCCAGGAGCCUCCCACCGCCUCCAUCAACCCUCACAGCUGGUCCCAGGAGAGCCUUGAAGGAAGCCCAGCCCGGGAGAGGAACCUGCCUGAAGGCUGGGACCCGAGGCCGCUGCAGCACCAGCCGCUGCCCAAACAGGUUCCUCUGGGAACGGCCACAGUCUUCAAGUACCCCGCCAUCCCGGCCAAACCCAGACUGCCUGGAUCCCGUAAUAACUCUCCUCAUGGCUCCCCCGCCCUGAAAGGUUUCAACUACCUGCACUCCGAGUGCGGCUCCACCGACCUGAACCGACCCGAACAUCUCAGGACCCUGACCCCGCCCCACAGGCGCCCUCAGAGCAAGACCCGCUACGCCCUGUCAGACGGGGAGCCGGACGAGGACGACGAUGACCUUGCCGUGCCUCGGGGAAGCGUCCCUUCCUACGCCACUCUGACCCGGAAGCCCGGCCGCAGCCAGCUGGCCCGCUUACAGUCCAACACGGACAAGAACAGCGGCGUGGGCCGCAGUCAGUCGUUUGCCGUGCGAGCUCGUAAAAAAGGUCCGCCCCCUCCGCCGCCGAAGAGACUGAGCUCAGUAAGCAGCACCACCAGCAGCGAGCUGAGCGACAGCAGCCCCACCUCCUCCUCUGGGGGCGUGGUCACCGACAGCCCGGGAAGCGUCCGCAGCAUCGCGGCGUCUCUGCAGGGCAGCCCGGGUCACAGCCUGAGAGCGGAGGCCUCAGAGGCCGCAGAGGUGAGGAGGAAAGUUCAGAGCGUUUCCAGUCAAACCAGCAGCAGCGCGGCGGGCGACCCGGGGCUGAAAUCUGAUUCGGAGGAAGAAGAACCGAAGGAUGGUGGACUGGAUGGAUCUUCGUCACCUCAGAACAGUUCCAGCGAGUGCAUUCCCUUCGCUGAGGAGGGCAACCUGACCAUCAAACAGAGACCCAAAGCUCCAGGCCCCCCCAGGGCUGAGGCCGUACUGGAACCACCAGACAAACCAGCAGCCAAGACUCUGGAGGUCCCCGAGUUCAACCUGAAAGAGUCCGACACAGUGAAGAGGCGCCACAAACCCAAAGACAAGGAGCAGGGCGAAGGCUCCCCCGUCAGGUCAGGAGCCGAAGCAUCGGGGUCGGAGUCUGGGGGCAGCAGACCUCCGUCCAGGAACCAGGACCGGGUGGACCCCAGAACCAGCGAGAGGUCCAGCAGUCCAGCUGCAGGUUCUCCUGUUAAACCUUCUGUCUCAGCAAAACCUGCCGUCACCCCAAAACCUGUUCGUCACAGUCUGCUGGCGUCUCAUGCAGGACGUUCCUCUCCCACGUUGACCAUCAGUGUGGUCCAAAGCGUGGCCUUCUCCUCCUCAGCCCCCCAGGGGCCCCCGGCCCCGGCCCCUCACAGCCCCUCUUUGGCUGCUAGGAGACAUCAGGCUCUUCCUUUAGGACCCAGUCUCACACCUGAGACUUCUAGUGAGACGGAGGAGGUCCAGCAGAGACUGGACCAGACCAGCACCUCUCUUGCUGCGGCGUUGGAAGCCGUAGAGACGAAGCUGAUCCAGGACGGCGGCUCCGGGGGCAGGGGGAGCACUGUGAGGUCAGCAGGGACCAUCCUGGACGACAUCGGGAACAUGUUCGACGACCUGGCUGACCAGCUGGACGCCAUGUUGGAUUAAAGAAACCAGGCUCCAGUCAGACUCUCAGACAGCAGCGCCUGAACGUGGCUGCCGCCGCUCAUGGCGUCCAGCCGCUCAUGGCGUCCAGCCGCUCAUGGCGU